ACUAUGUUUGAUUAUAGAUAUUUAUCUAAAGAACACUUAAAAGGUUUUGAUAAUUACAAGUACAGAGCCAUCGAUACAAGUCCGCUAAGUAGCUAUGUUAUGCAUCCCCUCUGGAACACUAUAGUAAAGAUUAUACCUAGAUGGCUAGCACCAAACCUGCUCACAUUCCUAGGAUUCCUUUGCGUAGUGGUGGUGGCAUUACUGACUUCCUGGUACGACUACCAUUUUCUAGCGGCCGGUGGACCAGGGCAGCAGAAAAAUGAAGGAUAUAUACCUAACUACGUGUUCACGCUUAGUUCUAUUUUGAUAUUUCUCGCUUAUAACUUAGACGGCAUAGACGGCAAACAAGCGCGCAGGUUGGGUGUCUCGGGUCCUUUGGGAGAGAUGUUCGACCACGGACUUGACUCUUUCAUUGUGUUCUUCAUACCAUUCUGUCUGUUCUCUGUAUUCGGUAGAGAUGAAUUCUCUAUACCUUUGUUUAGAGGUUACCUAAUAGUAGGUAGUAUACUACUCAACUUUUAUGUAUCUCAUUGUGAGAAAUAUAACACAAGGGUGCUCUACCUACCUUGGGGGUAUGACGUCGCUAUGUGGACAUCAUCUUUACUAUUCCUAGUGGCCGGUAUCAAAGGCCCUGCAUACUUUAAGAUGUUUAUAUUCGGUAAUGUGACAUUCGCACAAGUUCUAGAAGUGGCAAUUCAUGCCACCGGCCUGUUCACAACAUUGCCAGUCUCUAUAUACAACGUUUAUCUAUCCUACAAGAAUGGUACGGGUAAGAACCUUUCGUUACUAGAGGCGGUGCGUCCUGUGUGGUCUAUGACGUCAUUAGUCGUAGUACUGACGUACUGGGCGCUGAAGAGUGACGUCAUGGAACUCUACCCACGCGCAUUCCUGUUACUCUUUGGGACUUUAUUUAGUAACACUGCUAGUCGCCUAAUAGUAUCAGAGAUGAGUGAGCAGAGAUGUGAAGUCUUCAACAGUCUUUUAUGGCCGCUGAUGGCAGCUGCUGUAAUGUCCACAUACCAACCGGCGCUGCAGCACCUCCUGCUGCAUUCUGUUCUCCUGGUAGCCCUCUUCGCUCACUUACACUACGGCAUCUGUGUGGUCCGUCAAAUGUGUGACCACUUCAAAGUGAAGUGUUUUGUUGUACCAGAAGAAAAGCGAAAAUAA